AUGUUCGCCGGCUCAUACGCAUGUGCGGCUGUGGAGGCUGGCAUUUCAGCUGCGCUCGCUACCGUUGUUGACGCCCGGUUGUUUGGCGAACGUCUUACAAAGUGCUGCCCCCACAAACGAAAUGCUUGCGUCCACUUGCAUCUCGAAUCGACCGAAAGACUGACAGAUGGCGCCAGCAUCGUGUGUCAACAUGAUGAUGUGAGAGGCGCCUGUCAGACCUUUGGGUUGUUUGGAACUGCUGCCCUGGUCGGACUGAAGGUUCGACAGAUUUGCAAGGCUUUGCAGAGGAGGAUCGAUCAUCACAUCACGAUCACAGCAUCGAAAGCUUCGAGAUGCUCAACAGGUCUCCACAGCAUGGGGGCGGUUGUGGGUUUGCAAUGUGGGCGGAACGACUGGAGUGGAGCUGGGAAAACAUUGCAGGAUCUCGGAAGGCCAAUGUCGACGUCCACGUGCUCGGUGUGCAUUUGCCGUUCCUGGAUCCACUGCACGUUUAUAGGACGCCCCUGCCAGGACGCAAGCUCAAGCGACCUCACUCUCACGGCUGCUGUGUUUCUGCGCUGCCUUCUUACUAGUGCGAUGGGUCUGUCAAUAUGGGCCAGCACAUCUCACAUGCAUCUAAAGGAUCUCGGAACACUGAAGCGAAGCACGAUCCCCUCAGCACGAAUCCCUCAGCACGAAUCCUACGAGCUCUUCUCACGACUCGCCAUGCACCUGGAAACAUCAUGUCCAUGUUGCCUUUGCGGAAUGGCGCGAGAAUGCGGGUACGUAGCCUUUGGCGGCUUGGUAGGGAGGUGUGUGCUGGUCAGAGGAGGUGCGUACGGAUGUACGAUGCGCCCGAGCCCCGUAUACGCACUCGUUCCGCGAUUCACAGACGCCGCUGCACCGCCGCACGGAGGCAGUUCUGAUGUGAAUUGGCGGUGA